CGUGUAUCGCGGACCCUGUACCAAUGAGUAGUGAUAACCCAAGCUUGCCCAGUCUGCAACCGAAUUCGGCCAGCCCAAUACUUGUGGCCCCUGGGAAUCUCGACGUGGGUUCUAUUCUAAGCGAAGCUGUUGCCCGAAUUCAGGAACUCAAGGGAUUUCAUAAUACGAACAUGGACGUCUUCGUAACGGAAGGGAUUUCGAUCCCACCAGGACUGGCGAGAACAUGGAUACACAAUUACUUUACCUACAUGCCCGCCGAGUUAUUCUUAAGCCUGGUGGAUAGAAAGCUCAUUGAAAUGAUCCCGGACUUGCUCCACAUGCGACAUAUCAAACUGGAUGCCUGCAUGCUCCUUGUUUACUACGCCAUCCUUUACCACGGCUGUUUUCUCCCUGGGAAGAGAUCUUACGGUAGCCCUGACAAAAAAUACGCCAGACAGUUGUAUAUAUGCUGCCUACGUACAAUACACAUUUGGCAAAGGGAGGCGACCGGAACUGUGACGGAUUUUAUUGCUGCUAUCUACAUGACACGGACUUCAGCCGAAUGCUUUGAUUUUGAUUUGAGUUGGGAAAUGCAUAAAUUGGCAUGUGAAUAUGCGCAAGGCUUGCAGAUGCACAGCUUAGAUGACAAGCAUAAUCUCUUGACAGUCGGCUCCGCUAAUCCAGAUGACGACCGCAAAGGCAUGUGGGAGUUGAUCCAGAUGGAUCUGUUCUAUCGCCUUAUUUACAACAAACCUGCCGCAUUCUCUUUAGAUCUCGCUGGCUGGCGAGUGAAUCUACCUUGGCUUACACUUGACACUUUUCCAGACAAGGAAGCAGCGGUUCCUACAAUGAAAUUUAUAGUGAGCAGCCGACUGACCUUUGUUCUCAUCGCGUUCUUUCAGAUGUUUGAUAAACUAGAAACCGGUUCGGUAGCGUUGGAAGCGAUCGAACCCCUUUGCCAGGAAAUUGAAGAUUUGAUGGAGGAAUGGGGAAUUGAAGAUUGGAUCCGAAGUUUCAGACACGACGAAGUCUACACGUGGAUACUUACUGACCUUGCCCUCACGGGAUACACCUGCAUUAUUUUCAUGCUCCGUAAAGUAACUCUCGGCUCUGAUUCGCCGAAGUCUUUAUCGUUGGAUGCAAACAUUCCCCAGACGGACCUGGCAAGGAAGGCAUCGCGUCAAAUUCUCGGCCUCAUCCAUUACAUGCUGCAUGGGGCUAACCUACCCAAGCCGGAGGCUCUGUCCUCUAUUCUUGGUACCCAUCGGGCUUACGUAGCGUAUGCCUACUUGGCUACCAGUGUCAUUGAUUCUCCAACGCCUGGUACGAUGGCUGAAGAUAUGGAGCUGCUAGAGCGUGUUACUCGGAGUGUUGAGAUGGUCGCUCUGGAAGAGAAUGAUUUCGUGCCUUUCGCGCGAGCAUUGAAGUACGUGAACGCAGGAGCUGGUGGUAUGCAUUCAUAAUUGUACAGCUAGGUAUGGUAGACUUCUAUCGGAGUUCUAGCAUGAAGAAGGAGAGAGAAAGGCGGAGCCUUCCUCAACGAAGCCAUUUAGUCCGCCGCCAAAUAUAUCAACAUGAAGACGUCGACCAG